CUCCAGGCCAGCCAGCGGCCCUCUAUCACUUGCUCCGCGAAACUGUACAGGGGAAAGCCGAGCGUGAACGGUGUGGCACGAGUCCGGAUCGAGUCGAUCGUUUACCGCAGUCGUGCUCGAGCCGUGGAGCGGGCUGAAUCUUCGACAGUGCAUCCGGCGAUAGUGCAUCGUCGCGAGUGCAUUUCCCUGGUCUUCGACUCGCCCAGCGACCGUAUCCUACGGACCUGCGAAUCGGUCGCGUCAGCGGUCGGUAGAAUGACUUGGCCGCGGUUUCUGUGCUGAGCCCCCGCCAGACAACCGGCCGCCAGGAUGAUGCAGGAGAUCACGGACCAGUCCUCCAGGACCGUGCUCCUGAACACGUUCGUCGUGAAGAAGAAACGGUGCAGGGUCUACUUUCAUCGCGGCACGCUUAUCUGGGAAACAGCGAAACCGCCGUACACUAGAUGGACGUUGCCCAUGUCGGACGUGUUAGCCGUGCGCUACGGGGAUGAUUGGAUACACGGGGUGAACGUGAAAGAGAAGCAACCCCCGACCUCGCCGGCAUCCCCCACGGUCUGCCCGACAAAUUUCAUUUUACACUACGCAGUACGGGGACCAAAGAAUAAAUGGAGCCACCACAGCGUCACCAUGAGCCACACCGAUCCGCGACAGGUGGCCUCGUGGGUCAAAACCAUACGAAAUUACCUCAUGGGGCUCACGCAACGACCCAGGAAGAUACUGCUGUUCGUUAAUCCCUUCGGCGGCAAGAAGAAGGGGUUGAAGAUCUGGGAGAAGGACGUGCAGCCUCUGAUGACUAUCGCGGGGAUAGAGACGAAGAUGCUGGUCACCGAGAGACACGGCCAUGCCAGGGACACCCUCCUCACGGCUGACCUAAGCGACUUUCACGCGGUGGUGUGCAUCGGCGGCGACGGCACCUUGGCGGAAGUGAUCAACGGGCUGGUCUUGAGGACGACCAGGGACAUGCAAAUAGACGCGAACGAUCCGGACGUUACGCUACCGUCACCCUCGAUGCCGAUCGGCGUGAUACCGAGCGGCAGCACGGACACGAUCGCGUACAGCCUCCACGGUACGACCGACGUGCAGACCGCCGCGAUACAUAUCAUUUUUGGCGACAGCACCGGCCUCGAUAUCUCCUCCGUGCACAACGACCAGAACCUCCUCAGGCUGUACGCCAGCGUGCUCAGUUAUGGGUAUCUCGGGGACGUGAUCAGGGACAGCGAGAAAUUUAGGUGGAUGGGUCCGCAGAGAUACGACUACUCCGGGUUCAAAAAGAUCCUGGCGAACAAAGGGUACGAGGGUGAGAUCCACCUGCUAUCGGACCCCUGCCACCCAGCGAUGAGUACAAGAUGCACCAAGAAUUGCAGCAGGUGUUUGCAGCACAUGCACAACAGCGUCCCCGACAAAGAGAUAUCCACAUGGAUGACGGUCCGAGGCAAAUUCUUCAUGGUGAACGGCGCUAAUCUGGCCUGCGCUUGCUCCAGGAGUCCGAUGGGGUUCAGUCCCCAUUGCCACGUCGGCGACGGCUGCGUCGACGUGAUCCUAGUUCGUCAUACUUCUCUAUUUAAUAACAUCAGGAUGUUGCUCAGGCUGUCCAGCAAACAGAAGACUUUGUACGACCUGCCGUUCGUCGAGGUGUACAGAGCGAGAGAGUUCACAUUCCGGGCGCUGCCAACGUUGCACAUGCAGUCCGAUAACCAGAGCGACACCCGCUACAUGAAGUCAAGCUUAAGCGUGUGGAACUGCGACGGCGAAGUGAUCGAUAACUCGAACGUGAAAAUCAGGGUACACUGCCAACUAGUGAACGUGUUCACGAGACGAGUUCAAGAACCAGUUCACGAGAGGACCUGUUUCUGUUAAUCACCGGAAGAGCAUCCGACGGCAUUGAAGUCACAUAGUUCCUUCGAUCGAUCGAUGUCGCUCGCGAAUCGAGCGCACCGAGACAUCCAAAGACUCGAACGUUCGCUUUAUAUUUCGAGUCUCUAGGAUUCCGGACAAUUUCUGCGAAGCCUCCAGGCAUCCAGCAGCUCUCGAGAUGUCUGUACAGCGUCCAGAAUCCUCGGACAUUCGAAAAGCAAACGUCGCAGACCCGGAAGAGCAAGAAUUUGCGACGCCAAAGCAGCGACAACUUUUAACUAAGACAGCUUGAGGAACUCGAAGAGUCGGAAAUCGAGGAUCGCCAAUUUUCCAAUUCGGCAAUCGGGGUCUCCGGAAACCGGAGAUCGCAAAUUUCGUGAUCCUUCGGCUGAGAUCUGUCGUUUGCGACGCGCAAAUCUCGAAGAAGAUCACGAAGAACCGGCCUUCGAGAUCCUUUAGAAUUUUAAAAAUUUCGUAUUCGAGAGUUUAGUGUCUACAUUCGAGGUUCCGACAUUCUAGAAAUAUUCGAACGAUCCGAGAGCUUUUGUAUGUGCACAUUUCAAUGCUUGGCCAGAGCCGAAAGUCGCAGGUGAGCAUCUGCGAGAGGACGCCUUCGCGCGACGUUUGUUGCCUUUCGAGCAGGCGUCCGGCCACUCCGCCGAACUUCCCUCGGACACCGAACAAUGUUACGAACAUUGAACGACGCUGUGCCUGGUUCUGUGUUCUUCCAGGACGGUAGACACUCGUCGUAGACUUCACGGACACAGGAUCUCGUUUAAAUUCGCACGAUGCUCGGCCGAUGUUCCCUUUCUUUUCGCUCAACUCCUCGGCACCAACCUCCCGACAAAUCGCCCGAAACUAGGCCAUCCUCAAGAAUUUAUUAACGAGGUGACGAGCGACCCUAGAACUACGAAACUUUUCGCAGUAGAUUCUGGCACGAUCCAGCGCUGCGGAGACGUUUUUCCGACUCGACGAUUCGGGACAGCUUCGUUCAAUGCGUUUCGAAAUUAACGCGUCUUGGGGACCGUAAAUCGGUCGAGGCUGCGUCCACCGAAAACUGUCGAGUGCAGGCCGGUGAAAAAAUUCGCGCGAGUUAUCCGAUCAUGCUCGAAUCCAUCGGGAAAGCUUUCCCGAUUCUGUGUCGUUCAGUUUUUCGAAAAUAAAUCGCGAAAGUUGGCCUGCUAGUCGCGCGAUUUCAUGGGAGGGUGUCCCUCGGCCAGAACCAAAAUGGCUGCUGCGCGGAUGUUUUUACUCGGAAGGACUCUGUUAACACGCUCGCUGUCGUACUUCGUCGAUCAACUAUUUUACAAAGCUCAAACAUCGCCCGAUAGAACACUUCGACGAAGGACUCACGACGGCAACGCGUACAAUGCAAGCGAACACCGCGACGAGCGUGUUGACGAACGGCUCGUCGAGUCACGGAGCCGUUCGCAGCUCUCCGAACGCGGGCGUCGAACGAGAAACUAUUUUUUUAAGAGCGAGAGGUCCGACCUUGUAAAAUAGAGAGAGAGAGAGAGAGAGAGAGAGAGAGAGAGAGAGAGUCGGGAGGAGUUCGAGAUCGUUGCGAGUUGAAAGGACAGAGAGCGUGGAAAGCGUUUUUAAAAUGGCUCAAACUCGCGGCGGGAAUUUGUAUUAAAACGCGACCGAGGUUUUUUUGGUCGCGGUUCGCGCGUUUUUCGUAAUUUAACGUGAGAACUCACGUCGCGAUCGCUGUAGUAUUCGGUGCACGGAGAGAUUACUCUGUCUUGUAUGAUAUUUCAGACGAUAUUAACUUACAUAGAGUUUUAACUUAAGUUACGUUUCGAUAGAGCGUAUAGUCUGACUAGCCGUUCUCCUUCAGACACUCGGUUUUACAGCUUCGGUUCCUGGAGGAUGGUGUAGGUACACGUAUGAACAGGUUUCAGAUGCGCGAGCGGUUCGCCAGAGACGAAGAGAGUCCCGUUCGAAGCAUCCGAGAGCGUCGGCUCGGAUUCUGUGACGCGUUGUCGCGGUUCGCGAACGUUUGGACGCGUUCGACGACUCUGAACCGAUUCGAACAAGCACGAACGUGAUUCGACGUCGCAGCUGAAGCUUUCACAGUCGUCUCCGGAAGACGCGAGCCGCUCAGAAAUGGUUCGAACGCGUCCAAAGCCGGUUCAAGCACGUCGAACACUCGGCUAUCCGAACCCGCCAAUCAAAAGUUUCGUCUUCGAUGGUAUUACAGUAGCAGUAUCUUCUUUAGCACGCCUAAGCACGGUGAAUCGGCGUGCACAAAGUGAGAAAGUAUUUUCGCGAGGGACGAGCGCAGCUAGAGUUUCGAGUACUUCGGUCGGGAACGUACAAGAAGCAUUUACUUUUACCAGAAGUAUUCCGACGUGUAUUUAUUUAGUUUAAAGCGUAGGGUUCGAACGAUUUGCCAGCAUGGCAUCGGUGGUCCGGAUGGUUGCCGAUCAAACAGGGAUUCACAGUUUUACAUUUCUGUCGAUUGUUCUCUUAUUUUUUCUUUUUUACAUAGCGAUUUACAAGGAGAAGCGGUUAAUAACGAUGAUUAGUAUUUUCUUGGGCAGGUGUUUCCAUUUCGAGUCCGAUCAGCUCGCGCGUAGAGCUACAUAGAACGACUUCCGUCCUUGGUUUCCGAUUACCCACGGCUCCGUCUAUUCUCGUAGACCGGAAGUCCCUUCGUCGCCUCGUUGAGCUCGCGGCCCUUGCUAAAAAAAGACCAGUCCGUCGAUUUUGAAACGGAGCUUCUUCGGCUAGAACGCGUCCACAUUCCUCUUCUUACUAAAACAAUCGUGCGGAGACCGUUCGUUCGAUCCUAAAACGGGUCGAUCAAAGAUAUUUUUCGCGAUCGUUGCGCGACGACCGAGGCGAGCAUUUUUUUUCUUUUGGAAAACUUCGCCGACCGUGCGUCACUUAAUUCGCGCCUUAGAUUGCUCAAUCGAUUAAUUUUGUAUUCGUUACACUCGCGGUCCUGCGGACUAUAACUUCCGGUUGAUCAGUACUUACCUCGAGUGAUUUGUCUCGUUUCUAUUUACAUCGUCGAGAGAACAGGUGUCUUUCUCUCAGAGAGAGAAAGAGAGAGGGAGAGAGAGAGUUUUCGAUCGAUUCGAAUCUGUAUAUAAGUUCGUUGGUGAAUUUCGUUUGUGAACACCGCGUGGAAAUUCGUGGACGAUAUUGUUAAUUUAACACCGACCCGAAGUGUGAUCUCUGAAAUUGUAAUUAUCAUUAUAGUUUUUGUUCUCGUAGAGUACACAUUGUAAGGCUGACGGAAUGAUAACGGAAGAACGAUGGAGGACCACGGAGGGGUGGAAGAUGAACAGGACGAAAAUUUAGCGGUUAGGUAGACAUUAUUUUGUAGGGUCGUGUGUCCGCAGGUUGUACAGAUAUACACACGCAGAUGCGUAUAAAUAUGUAUAUACAUACAUACAUACAUACAUAUAUACAUACAUGCAUAUAUAUAUAUAUUUUAUUUACGAUAUCUUUAUAUGUAGAGUGAGAGCGCGAGGAUUGCGUCACUUCCAGUACGCGGUCGUACACGCGCGUAUUAUUGUACUUGGAAUUAUUUUCGCAAUGGUGCACCGAAUGUCAACAUGGCUGCGCAUGAUAAUAAAUUGUACUUCACUUUUUCAGA